AUGCGCCGUCUCCUGACGCGGACGAUGGCGAAGAAGGCACCGACCGCAACGAGGAUCAGCAGGGCAAUCCUCAAGACGUCGACAGAAACGGCAAAGGAACUCGCCGCGACGGGCGUAUGGCGGACAUCGGGAGAUACGUUGAAGCUGUCAAAAGCCGAAAAGGCUCUGAAGGAAAAGGGGGCGACAAAGGGGAAAAAGCCCAAGAAGCCCGUCGGCGACAAGGCGCGCGUCAACGUUGUCAGCGAGAAGCUGUGCGAUGACAUUAUCAAGUACGUCGGCCCGUCGCUCGAACGGCACCGCGGCUGCGACCUCAUCGACAUCAACCCGGGCGUCGGCCUCUGGAGCCGCCAGCUGCACGACUUCCUCGAACCGCGGUCGCACACCCUCAUGGAGCCCGACGCCGAUCUCUACGCGCCCUUCCUCCAGCCCCUCCUCGACCGGCCGAACACGCAGCUGCUGAAGCAGUCGGGCAUCGUGUGGAAGGAGCUCAGCGACGUGCUGGAGCGGCUCGAGGGCCAGACCCAGGCGGCUCAGCCGAGCGGGCCCGCCGCCGCGCCGGAGCGCAACGACACGCUGCUCGUGACGGCGAACCUGUCGUACCACCCGAAGAAGCGGUAUCGCCUGUUCGAAUCGGUGACGCAGCUCGUCAUGUACCAGCUGCUCAACAGCAUCCGCACCAGCUCGCUGUUCCAGCGGUACGGCCUCGUGCGCAUGCUCGUCUGGGUGGGCCCCGAGGAGCCGCGCAGGCUGCUGCCCAGGAACAUGCAGGAGAGGAGGAAGAUGGGCAUCGAGGGCGAGCUCUCGUGCGAGUGGAUCACCGAGGUCGCCAGCAGGGACGCCAAGGUGGAGAGCAACGAGUCGGCCUGGUUCGUGCGUGACCGGUGGAUCGAGUUGGACGCCGCCAGGGCCGUGGCGGAGCGGAUGGAGGAGGCGGGCCCGACGAUCCCCGAGGGGCGGGAGCACGAGCUCAGGCGGCUGCUCCGGGAGGAGCAGCAGCGGCACGACGCGGUUCGCGUAAAGGCGCCCCAGGCGGGCGUGCAGCCGCCGAUGAUCGUGCGGCCGUUCCUCGCAGAGCUCGACGCGCUCGAAAAGGGGCUGCAGGAGGGCAAGUUCGUGCCGCCGGACUCGUCCAUGAAGACCAGAGCGUCCAAGGAGUGGAACCGGCUCAUGGUGCUCCGGCACCAGAAGGACCAGCUGGCGCAGGGGUCCACGACGUACCUGAGGCUCUUGACGGAGCUGCGGAGGAUCGGGGAGCUGCGGCAGUCGGGCGCGCUCAAGGACGGCGAGCUCGAGGCGAGCAUCUCGGAGUGGAACGAGGAGGUCGGGGCGCUCGGCAAGAACCACUUGAGCGACUUCCGGAUCGUCCGCGACAACCUGCACCUGUUCCUGCAGGACCCGCCGGCGCUGCACUGGGACCGGCGGGCGUACGACCCGCUGGCGGUGCGGGCGGACGAGUUCUUCCCCAACGUCGAGUGCACGCUGCUCGACAUCCAGCCCAAGCCGAUCCACCCGCUGCUGCGGCAGAAGGGGCCCGGCACGUCGCGGGCGGGCGACAUCUUCGAGCUGCUGCUGCAAUCUAUGCUCAUGUCGGGCAUGGACCCGGUCAGCAAGGCGGUGGCGCGCAUCUGGCCCGGGGCGGUGGAGUGGAUCCUGCCGCGGUGCCCGAGCCUGCGGGACCCGAAAGGGGGCGGGAUGCCGGGGGAGGGGCACAGUGAGCUGACCGUGCGGCUGCUCAACGAGAGGCAGUGGAUGGAGCUGCUCGAGGCCUUCAUGUCGUGGCCGUUCCGGCCGUCGUACGAGGAGCUGAUUGGGCGGAUAGCGGAAGACGUCGAGUAUGCCGAUGACGAGAACACCGGGGCCGGCAGCAGCUUCUCGGCCGACUCGAUGUUGUCGUAA